AUGGCCGAAAAUGGGGACGCGCAGCCGGAAAUCACGGCCGACUCGGUGGAAUUGAUCUUCGGAUUGCCAUUGGAACGGGUUCACAAGAUCGGCAUGAAGUAUUAUAAAGGUAUGUUAAUUGUUUUUGUUUUGCUUUUUAGGUAUUUAAAUGGUUGAAGAUAAAAGUUGAAGAAGAAGGAUUUGGUUAUAUUAAUGUAGUUAUGUGACGGGGUUUUUUCUGGAAGAUUUUUGUGUUUUUUAUAAAGAUUUUUAAUGGAAAAUGCUUUUUAAUAGCUUGAAGAAGCUUUUCAUGUAUUUUAAUAAGGUUUUAGUUUAUAAAUACAGCAGUUAAACGUUUAAGAAGGCGAGUAACAUCAGUAAAUACUAUUGAACUCAUAUUCUUCUUAUCAUUUUGGCGUUGUUUGGUCUAAAUGGCUUUUUUAUUACCUAAAAUACGAUUCAGCUUAUAAAUGGGUUUUUUCUUUAAUUUAGAGUUGACUUACAGGUAUAAAAAUACAAUUUAACAACCUUUACCUAAUUCUUAACCAUACCUCAAGAAAAACAUAAAAUUUAAACUAAGAUUAAAUUUUUAAGAUUUCAUUGACAUUUUAAAAUAAUGAACAAUAUUUAGACAACGAAAAGACUGGUAAACUUCAAGUAGAUUAUCCGAUUCGUCUCAAGUUCAUGGCUUAUUCGAAACAGGCUCGUUAUGGUGUAUAUAAAGAUGAGUUGACUGAUGUUGGAUGGUUUGAUUUGGUUGGUAAUGAUGCCAAGUAAGUUUUUAUGUCGGUUUUUUUAGUUGGUAUGAAUAUUUUUAUGUUUUUUGAUGUUUUUUAUUUGAAAAUCAGUUUUUCUGUGUUUUUGGGAUAUUAUAGUAAACCUGAUAGGGGUUUUUGAGCUUUAUCUUUGUCGUGCUGAUUGGAAUUACUUAAGGUUUUGUAAAAUACGAUGUUAUAAGUUUAGUGAAAGUUAACCUGAAGUUUAAUGGUUUAAUGUUGUUUAUUAUUAAUCGUAUGACUAUUUUAAACAAUUAUAUUAACCUUUUGAUCUAAAUUUACAUUUUUCUCAAAAUCCAAUAAAUUUCGCAAAAAUAUAAAAUCUUUGACGUUGCAACUAUUAAUAUCAAGAAUAAUUAGUCAAAACGUUGUAAAUUUAUGAGAUUUGCAUUUGGAUUCAGAAGUCAGUGGGAAUGUUUCUUGUUUUGGGCCGCCGAAACCAAUUUACAAAGAAAUCCGUUUCAAGAUUUUUGCACUUUAAUUAGGCAAGGAAAUGUCUUAAAAUUGAUGUUUAAACGGGGUUUUUGGAAGGGUAGGAAGAUUUAAAAAGUUUUGAUAAUGUUACCUAAAUUAAAGAAAUGUUUCAAAACGGUAAUGAAUACUAGAGCUAAAGCAAAGAUAGAGCAAAGCUAGGGCAAGGUUAGCAAAGUUAAGACAAAGCUAGGGCUGGGCAAAAGCAGGGCUAUGAUAAAAAUACAAAAGAGAUAAGACACGGCUAGGUAGAGCUAAGUUAGUGAGAGGACUAGUACAGGGCAAAAGUAAACCCAUAAGGCAUUUUUAAAUCCAAAAAUCAUCUUUCACGGCCGAAUAAAUGAAAACUUCCGUGAUGAAGUUGUCUCCAUUCUGGGUUGAUUAUAUGUUCACGAUGGAAAUUGAAUUUUCAUGGAAACGUGAAGAAAAGUGCUCUUACGAGUAAUGUCAUUGUCGGAGUUUCAGUCGCCAGCCUGUGAAAUCGUACUUAUUUUGUUGGAUUCGGGAUUGAAAUAGGUCAGAAUAUUUUGGUUUUGAGGUUGGUUAUGUCUUGAAUCGAUUCUUGUGAGGUUCUUGUUAUGUUGACUUGUGAUUUUUUUGGCCUGUGAUAGUAAAUUUGUUAUAUCUUUCUGCUCGGUUAAAAUGUUGAGGUGACUUUUUGAUCUUUUUUAUAGGAUUUGAUACGGGGUUUCAGGUAGUGUAUGGAAUUGUUGUUGCAAAUUUUGCAGGCCGUGUUGUGAGUAAUGUUAAGGAUGGUCGUUUUUGGUCAAAACCUCAUUUUCGGCCUAAAAUUUUGACGUACUUUUCUUGUUUUCCCAAUUUUAAAAUCAUCUUCACGCUUUUCCUUUUCACAAUAUCAACACAAGACCCCUCUACCGUACUCUUCGCAUCGCCCUCUGUUAUGAAGUGGCAAUUUCGGAGGUAUUCGGCGGGUGUGAUAGCUUGUUUGUCCUCGAAUACAAUUGUUGGCCAACUUGAAUUGCCGUUGAAAGCCGACGGCGAAGAACGAAAAGCGUCUCGGAAACGACGUUCAAAUCGAAUUUACUGAGGCCGGCCUCGGGGCUUUUCCUCGUGUCGUCGUAUCCUUAGGGUUUUGUGCGAUUCGAAAAAACCGCGCCGGGUUUGUUAUGAAAAAAGUCGGGUUUGUUAUUCGAAAAAUAUGCUGAGAAAUUAUCGAAAUUAGCGGCUUGUUUGGGUUUGUCUGGAAGGAUUGGUUUGGCUGGUCUGAGAUUGGGGUGAUUUUUGGGCUAUGACAAUUUUGAGCUGGUUGCUUUCAUUUUGAAAAAUUAUUCAAAAAAAAGGUUUUUUACCUAAUUUUUUUUGCUAUAAAAUUAACGUGGUCUCCUCUGUUGAUCAUAGUUAUCAAAAAAAUAUGGUGGUACUUCAAAUUCGUUUGCAUAAUGUUUCUAAAACAAGCUUGUCUACUCCACUCUGUAUAAUAUAAUAAGCGAAAAUGUUGUUUCCUUGACCAUUCCUUCCAAAUUCGACGACUUUCUCAAGUAUGUCAACAUGUUAUGAAGUUGAAUGCUUUUGGUGGUGCAAAAAUAAAUUGUUCAAAAUUAUUGUCAUGUUCUUCUUAAGUACAAUUCCAGGACGCUGGUUCGGCCACAGUAAAUAAGCGGCGUAUUUUUUCUUCUCAAUUUUGAUAAUUUUCUAUGAGGCUUUGUUUGGACGGUUCGAAUUUGUUUAUCAGGUUUUUAUACUGUUGGUUUAUUCAGACGGGAUCGGUAGAAUUCAAGGAAGAGGGUUUUCACUGAAUUAGGGGUGUUUUUGGUGUUGUGUUUUUUAAUUUUUGGAGUUAUUGAAGGUUAUGAUGUGUGGUUGGUUUGGCCUGUAACUUACGAUGAUUUUUCCUUUUUACUAUGAGAGUCAGAAACGUUAUCUUGGUCUGAAGCGGGUGGGGUAUUGAUCAAGAAAUCCUGAAGCUGUUUGUCAGCUUUUGGUACAAUUCUAAAUAACAAUUGUCAUGCUAUUUUUACUGUGUAAACGGCAAGUUUACAAACAGUGUUGUCUUAGUUUUUCAUUAUUGAAAUAAGGGUCAAAUUUCGUUUUAUUUUCGCCCAAUAAGUGGCUCUUAUUCACGUUAUAACACGCCAAUUGUUUGCCAUCGAGCCGCAAUAGAAUAACGGGUAAAUUACGUUGACACAGCAGCAGUUUAUAGACAUAUCGCUCUUAAAAACGUAGCCAUGUAAUCGUAGCACGUUAGAAAAUAGUAUAAAAAAUGGCGUAUUGAUCAAAAGUGUCAUAGAAAAAAUUCCGUACAACAGGUUUUUGCAACUCUAUAAUUGCUUCGUAAACAAGCCUUGAAACAUAUCACAGUGACAAGAAACAUCCAAAUUACAGCAUUUUUGUCUCAUUCUUGGGGCCGUCAAAAACAUUAGCAGCGAAGAACACAGGAAGGAAACACGGACUUUUCUUCAAACUUUAAAAGUUCGGGAUGGUUGGUGUUGGAUGGGGACGACGAAAGAAACGGCGCGCGCGGAUUCAAAUUGUCAUAACUUUUUGAAAAAUGUUCGACAAGCAAAUCUGUGUCCUAUAAAAUAUUUGAGGAUUCGCCCUACUAUGUUUUAUCAUAUGGACGAAAACGUUUGAAGUUUUUUUUGUCUGGUUGGGAAAGUUCAAUUGGAUCAGGAAGAAUAAUGUGGCUUUUAUAGUUCUUGUCAAAGAUUUUGUUGCAUCUGGAUGUUUUUUCUAAGAUCUAGGGGUUUUAAAAUAGAAUUUGAAUGUUUUCAAAGGGUAGAGGUUUUAAGAUUUGCGGGUUUUUUGGAGUGAGAUGGUAUUGAAGAUAGGGGUUUUGUUUUUUUGAUAUUUUAACAAUUUGAUUUUUUUUAAUUUUGUAGGUGUGGCUAUUACUUACGACGUUUUUUUUAAAUCUUAAGGUAAUAUUCUAUAUCAAGUCUAUUCAUUGUUGAUCUUCAGAAGUCUAUCAGAUCUAUCUAUUCAAAAAUGAGGGUCUUCUAUACUGAAAAUUUUUUUACACAAAACUAUUCAGUAGAGAUUUGCUAUCUUUAUAGUCACCAAGGACUGAAUGCCGGAUAACUUUUUACAAUUUUGAAUGUUUUCAUUUUUAAAAAACAUCUUUAUAAUCUUGAUGAAUCGUGAGACGAAGUCUCGUAACAUGUAUAUCAUACUAAAACUCAACAUAUGAUAAGGUUUUUUGGAACGAUAUAAAUAGAACAUUUUAAGCAUUAUGCAUUAUUUUUUUAAUAUUAAAAUUAUUUUUAAAAAAGCAAUAUUUUUCGUUAAAAAUUUUGUCAAAGUAAUUCAAGAACGUCAUGAUGCUUCAAAGUGUUCUUUUUAUAUCGUUCCAAAAAACCUUAUGAUAUGUGGAGUUUUAGUAUGAUAUAUAUGUUACGGGGCUUUGUCUCACGAUACAUCAAGAUUAUAAAGAUGUUUUUUAAUAGUGAGAACAUUCAAAAUUGUAAAACGUUUUCCGGCAUUCCGUUCUUGAUGACUAUAGAGAUAGGAAGUGUAUGCAGGAAGACCCGCAUGCUCGAAUGAUGGAUUUUAUGAUAGUUGUUUUGUUAUUUGCCAAGGCUUAUGGACUUAAUUAGUUUUGUGUAAAUAAGGGGUUUGGGUAUGGGAAAGGACUUUAAGAUAGUUUUUUUAAGUUUUUGCGUUUUGUGGGGCUAAAAUUGUAAUUUUUGGACAACUUAUGGUGUCAAAUUGAGCAAAAAGACUGAUUUUUAUUUUUUUUUUGAAAAUUUGGUUGUUGAUAACAAAUUUAUUACAGUUUUAAAGGUUUUACGAUUAAAGGAAAAAGUAGAAAUAACAAAAAUAAACGUUUUAUUUUACGUAAUUUCAGGAAAGAGUGGCAAAAACUGGGCGAGAUCAGCCGCGAGGAGGCAAUGCUGGAGUUUGUCCGCCUUCUGGACGUGGUUUGCCCAACAUUCAAGCCAUUUGUGAAAGAACAAGCAGCACUAGAAGCACCGAAAUUGAAUGGGUAAGUUUUAUAAUGGUAUAUUGGGCUUGAUUUUAGGUUUAAAACAUGAGUUUUGGGUUGAUUUUUUAUUGAAAACCUGUCAAAAAUAUAGUUAACGUGUCAAGUACAAUAUUAAAAUAGAGCUGUUGCGGAAAUAGUUUGACGUAGCACGGGGAAUGCCUCGAGGGACGGCUUUUUUCUGCCACGCUUUGCGGUUUUUUCUUUAAAAAGCUUGUUGAAAUUAAAGAAAAUGAAGGUUUUUUGUGUGAAGAUGUUCGCGGCCCAGUUUUCUGGGUAAAUGAGGACUAUAAAUUGAGUUUGUUUGCGGUUUCAUUUGGUUUGACGUGCUGGUGGCACGGUAUAAGAAAGGCCUGUUUUGGUUUGUAUGAAGGGUUGGUCAGUGGUGGAGGGGAGUUAUUAAUAGGAUAGAUACAGACUUGUAAAGGGGGCGAGCCGGGGUCAAUUUUUCGGCUCAACUUUUAUAUAGAAAGCCUGAAGUUGUAAAAAACAACAUGUAAAGCGGUUAUUUAGGCCUUAAAGAUUAUGUAAAUUACUUGUUUUGGCCGAAAAAGCGUACUGACUGACUUUUUUAGUCAAAUAUAUGUUUUGCAAAUUAAAUUUUUUGAUAAUUUUUAAAAAUUUUCAAAAAUUUGUUCAAAAAAUUGUUAUGGAUCUUGUUUUGAAACCAUAGCGGCUAUAUGGGCCCGGCGCUGCUGUAUAGUGGCUAGUAAAAGGGAACGGAACUUUACUAGUCACGAUAUAGAGGGGCAAAGGGCAGGACAAGAAAAAUCGUUAAUGCCGUGUUUUGUGUUCAAGCUCGUUUGGAUACUUUGAUGAAUUUUUGACCUUUGAAUAUAUGUUAGCAGGUUGAACUACUUCAAAAUGACCUUUUAAUGUGACAAAGUAGCCUAAAUCCAUCAAAAGAACACAUACAAAAAUUUAAAACGUUUUUCUGUUAAAACCCGCUUACAAUGUAAUUCGAACUAAUUUGAAGUAAAAGAGUUUGAGAGGAUUUCGUCUUAAUUUGGGCCUGUUUUUCUUCCUCCUCUCUUGCCUGCUCUUUUGGCUUUGGCCAUUGGAACAAGAAUUAUUCCUCUCGUUUUCUGCGGGUUGGAUAAGUAAUAUAUUUGGGGAAGGGAAUCGAUAACACUUUACAUUUUGGGUAGUGUUUUAGUUUUUAGAAAUUUUGGGCUUUAAAGGCGGGGGAGGACGGUUUUAAAAUUUUUGGACAGGGUUGAUUUUUAAACACUUUCUGAAAGUGGUGGAGUGGUUUUGAAAAUUCAGGGUAAGGGUGGGUUUUUGAGUGCAUUGUCAAAGCGGAAGGGUGGUUUUGAAAAUUAUUGGUAAAGGUGGAUUUUGAGGGCAUUGUGAAAGGCGAGACGUGGUUUUUAAAAUUUUUGUGUGGGGGUGGAUUUUCAAGGCGUUUUGAAAAGGGGUGGAGGAGUAAAUUUUGAAUUUUUUAAUUUUGGGUUGGAUUCAUAAUUUUAUGUCUAGUUUUUGCAGGAAAUCAGCGUAUCUCAACGGUAAGACAGAUUCCCAAGAAGUAAUCGAGAAAUAUCAACAACAAAAGUAAGUAAUUUAAUAUUAUUAUUGAGAUUCAAUACGUUCGGCCCAGGAAAAGUUUUUUUAAAUAAUGCCUUUUUUAGAAAACAAAUCCAAGAAGCCUUGAACAAACAAACGUAUCACCAAUUCCUUGCCUACGCUCAACAAAACGUCCCCGGCGAUCCGGAAAAGGUUGGUUUGGGCGGGGUUUUUAGGGUUAUUUGGCAAAUAUUUUGGUCGAGUUAAAAAAGUGGUAUUUUAAUUAUCACUGUACUGUGGUUUAUAGUAUUACGGGGCUAAAAAAUUCUUGUCGUCAGCUUUUACGUAUUGAAAUUUUCUAAAGCGUCAAGACUUUAUUUACUCUUAAACUUGCAGGAACUAAAGUAACUGUAGUUAGUUUAUUCUACACGUACUCGAAAUUAUAAGAACAAUAACUAAAAGAAUAUGUUUUGAGAUUGCUUUUGAUUCAAAAUAUAAUAAAACUUAUAUUAGGUAUGAUGCUCUACCCAUAUUAUGCAAUAAACCGCAUAAAUCAAUAAAAGUCAUAACAAGAUUCAGGACCUCGCUACAGAUUUUGUAUGGGGAUAG